CGGACAGCUCAUCGUAUGGGGUAGGGAGUAGCUGUUACAUAUAAUAAAUGUCUGGCGCUUAUCGUAAUGUAAUCGUGGUCGAGAGAUCCGGUUCGAUUUUCUUGGUUUCUUUUACAUACUCUUAUCUGCCUUUUGGAGUGUGCUGUCCGGACUGUCUGUUGAACGGUUCCUCCUUUGCAUCACUCUUGGUCCAGGAUUUAUCGGCUUGUCCAUACCGAGGAACGGAAGAUGGGGGGUGUCUCGAAUUCGGAGCCACAUGCUGGCCCCGAGCAUGUGGAUAAUGCAAAGGAUGUCCCGACGGUAAACCACGAUGAGGAUGCAACUGCUGCUUCGAAAUGGAAGGUUGAAAGUGCGGCCGAUGGCGAUACGGCCAUGGCUCUAUUCAAUAAUUCGGAUGAACUGCACGAGGCGAUUGACCCUGCUGAAGCGCGAAAGGUGCUGUGGAAGAUAGAUCUGAUGAUAUUGCCGUAUCUUGCCGUUUGCUAUGCGUUUUUCUACAUUGACAAGACAACGCUUAGUUACGCUGCUAUCUUCGGCAUUGUUGAUGAUCUCGACCUCCAUGGAACGCGGUACAACUGGCUUAGUAGUAUCUUCUACUUUGGGUUUUUGGUUUGGGCAUUUCCUACCAACUUUCUCAUGCAACGAUUGCGUAUCGGAAAGUAUCUCGGCGCGAAUAUCUUCAUGUGGGGGGUGUUUCUCAUGAUCCAAGCGGCAUGCCAUAAUUUCACUACGCUUGCUGUUCUCCGAGCUCUAGGAGGAGCCGCAGAGGCUUGUGCAGACCCUGCCUUCAUGCUCAUAACCAGCAUGUGGUAUACUCGGCGCGAACAACCCGUGCGUAUCGGCCUUUGGUAUACCGCCAAUGGCCUUGGUAUCGCCCUUGGUGGACUGCUAGGUUAUGGAAUUGGCCAUAUCCGCGGUGCUCUUCCGUCGUGGAAGUAUGAAUUCAUCGUGAUUGGUGCUCUUUGCUCGACAUGGGGUAUUGUCAUGUUCAUUUUCCUCCCCGAUUCACCCGUCACAGCCCCUGGACUCACCCCCAGAGAGCGUCGAAUUGCCGUGGAGCGGAUCAGAGAAAACCAGACUGGUGUUGAGAACAAGCAUCUCAAGCCGCAUCAGAUCCUGGAGGCAUUCAUGGACUACAAAGUCUACUUUUUCUUUGUGCUUGGCUGUGUUUGCAAUAUUCCUAACGGAGGCAUCUCCAACUUCGGAACAAUCAUCAUCAAGGGAUUCGGGUUCUCGACACUCGUCACCACACUUAUGCAGGUUCCCUACGGAAUCCUAAUCGCAAUAUCUAUCCUCGCCUGUGUCUUCCUAAACGACCGCUACGAAAACAGACGCUGCGUUUUUGUUAUCCUCUUUCUAAUCCCCAACCUCGCCGGCGCGUUCGGCCUACGCUUCGUUCCCGCACAUCACACAGUUGCCCGGUUGAUCUGCUAUUACCUCACCGGCCCCUACAAUGCAGCCUUUGUCCUGAUUCUGAGCAUGCAAAUUGCCAACACAGCCGGCCACACCAAGAAAGUCGUCACAAACGCCGUCCUCUUCCUCGGCUACUGCACCGGGAAUAUCGCGGGGCCUUUUUUCUAUAAAGAUCAUCAAAAACCAGCCUACGAACUCGGCAUUUGGUCCAUGAUCGUCUCGCAUCUCAUCGAAGCCGUCCUGAUCAGUAUCCUGGGCCUGCUUCUCCGCUGGGAAAAUAAGAAACGGGACCGGAUCCAAUCCCAGAUGGAAAACGGGCUGGAGGGGAGAGAUCUCGAUGCCACGGCCUUUUUGGAUUUGACUGAUCGAGAGAAUUUAAAUUUCCGGUAUAUUUAUUAGUGAUUGUCAAUGGAUUUGGGAUCUAAGGUAUGUAUGGGGGUUGGCUUUGCGAAUCAAUCAAUGAAUGAAUGUCUAGGGCUAUGCUUAGGGGUUGGGUUAGGGUUAGGCCAGUAUAACCUCAUCU